AUGCACGAGACCUUCUCCUUCUUCUCGGGUCUGAUCCUCGGCUCGCUUCUGACGCUACUCCUCAAGCCGAUCCUGCUACGAGCGUCUCGCCGCAGAGCAGGGCGUUCCGAGCUCGACACGCCGCUGCUGCCAGUGGCGAGCCCUGCAGAGAACGCUACCUCCGCCGUCGCCUCUGGCACUCCAGCCGCGUACCGACCUCCGAAGACGGCGCUGCCGACGCGUAGCGUCGUCGCGGCGGGUGGCACGCUGGCCGACGAGACUGCCGAGACGGACCAGCUGCUCGAGACGGUGGAGGGCGGCGGAAGCUUGGAGAAUGCAAUCUCGGUGACGGUCGACAACUGCUCGGAUCAGCUUGCGACGCUGGUGCGGGUGGUCGUCUCCGAUCGCACCGGCCUCCUCGCCGAGAUGUCGGCCGUGCUGUCCGGCCUCGGCCUCUCCCACGGCCGCAAGGUCGUCGGCCGGUCGCGGCUCGCGGCGAUCGAGCAACGGAUGCACGACUGGGCCCGGUCCGGCUGGCUGAGGCAAGGCAUCCAGCGGCUGAUCGACCGCGACGCGGCGGCGACCGGCUUGAGCCGCUCCAUCGGGUCCGCGAACUCGAUCAGCGCCCUCGCCGACGGCGCCCUCGAGCCGCCCGAGCCGCUGCGCGACGCCGUCCGCGACGCCGCCCCGCCGGAGGGGCCGGAGGAGGAGGAGGAGCCGCUCCUCCGAGCGGCGCUGUGCGCGGCGCUGCGCUGCGGCGCCCUCCCCUUCGGCUCUCUGCCGCCCGGCCUCGCCGGCGACCUGGCCGCCGCCGCGCUGCCCCGCAUGCGGCGGUGCAGGCUCCCGGCGGGGGCGGAGCUGCGCUCGGACAGCGCGUGGCUGCUGCUGCUCGAGGACGAGGCGACCGCCUCCGUCGAGCGGGCCGCGGCGACGGCUCCGUCGAGCACGCAGCUGCGCCGAGCGACUCGCUCAACCGCGGCGUGGGGCGAGGGAGGAGGCGGCGGAGGAGGGUGCGUGGCAGAGGAGGGUGGCGAGCCGCUCUCUGUGCCGCUCCCUGCCCUGUCGGUGCUGUGGGAGCUGCUCUCCGACCUGCCCGUCCUGGCGCCCCUCUCGCCGAGACGGAUGCUCGCCCUCUGCCGCCGCGCCGUCGAGGUGGUGCUGCCGCCCCUCACCGUCGCCCUGCCGCCGCGGCUGCGCGCGCGGGACACGCUCGGCGAGGCGGGCGCCCUGCACGGCUCCGCGCUGCCGCGGGGCGUGCGCAUCUCCUCCUGCGGCGCUGGCGCGCGGCUGCUCUGCUGGCCGAGGGACUCGUCGCUAGGCGAGGCGCUCUCCCGUCUGCCAGAGCUGCUGCCGGCGGGCUGGUCGUCCCGCGCCGAGCUCGGCUGCCUCGCCCAGGCGCCCGGCCUCGGCCGCAAGCUGCUCCGCAGCGGCGCGCUGCGGCCCCUCGGCGCCGACCUCUCCGCCCUCUCCGCCACGCGCGACGGCCGCAGCACGCCCCUCCUCUGCCUCGUCGCGUGCGGCACGCUGCUCGAGACUUUGCCCGUCUCGGUGACGAUCUCGCCACUCUCGCAGCGCGGCGGCGGCGGCAGCAGCUUCGAGGACUUGGGGCUGGCCGUCCUCUCGGCUCGCAUCCGCACCGAGACGGGCGCCGACGGCAGCGAGGUCGCGCACGACGUCUUCACCGUCGCUCCACGGGGCGCCGCCGCGCUGGCCGACACCGCUUCGCUGCUGCGGCGGGUCGAGUCGCAGCUGCGCGAGAUGCUCGCCGUCAACGCGCUGCACGCCGGGGACGCGACCCUCCUCUCCGACACGCACGACUUGCGCGCGCCGCCGCAGGCGCCGCAGCCGCUGAGCGUGUACUGCCUCGACCUGCCCGCCGCCGUUGCCCUCCUCGCAGCCGACGACUCGCCGCUGGCGCUCGGCGAGGGCGCGCCGCGCACGGUCGGAGACCUCUACCGCACGCUUCUCGAGGCGAGGCGGCAGCCGCUCGUGGGCACGUCGGGAGGGGUUCCCUGA